UCUUAUAACAAAUGGCAUGUGUGUGUGAUUUUGAUUGUGUGGUUGCAAGAGAUUCCCACUUUCCCAUUAACUCUCGCGAUGCAUAGAAUAUUUUCCUUUCCUUAGUAAUACACAGUUCCUCACUCUAACCACCACUUUCACUAUCAUAGGAAGAUAACAAUGACAGAGGAAUCUACCCUCAAAUGGGAAGGUAAAGCCAUGGCUGAGCUACCAGACACAGAUCCACAAUUUACAUGGAAUGUCUUCGAAGAUUUCUGCAACCUACACAAGUGGAUUCCCAUAGAAACAUGUUACCAAGUAGAGGGAGUUUCAGGUCAACCUGGUCUCAUCCGCUAUUGUGCUAAUUCCACUGUUGAAGAAGAAGAAGGGGUUGGUGAUGAUGCUCAGAAGACAACAACCAUCAAAUGGGCCAAAGAGAAGCUGCUUCAGAUAGAUCCUGUACAACGUUGUUUGACCUACGAAGUUGGUGAAAACAACAUCGGAUUUAAGUCCUAUGUCGCCACAAUCAAGGUGUUCCCCAUCAACCACCACCGUGGAUCCAAGAUCGAGUGGAGCUUUGUCUGUGAUCCCGUUCAAGGCUGGACCUUCCAAGAUUUGAACUCCAUUAUUGAAUCUUAUGUGGAGAUCGUCGCCAAGAAGAUUGUGCUUGCAUGUAACACCAACUAGGUAGAUUCAAGUUAUGAUCUUUUUCUGUGUCCUUUUCAUCUUGCUUUCACCAACUUCUUUUUAUUUACCGUAUUAUGUCUCAGUUUCAUCUCAUCCAUGUGGGUAGAAUUGGAAAACAUAUAUAUUUUUAAUUUUUAAAUCUGGUUGACUAAAUCUUUUAAAUUAUUGCUUAAAAAGGGUUUGUUUGAGUUA